AUGACCGAGGAAGGAAAAACCGACAAUUCAAAACGUUCGGAGCUUCGUUUGAAUGUCGAGAACUUUUACAACGAUCAAGAAACCCGAAACCUGCUUUUGGCAGAAGAAGCGGCAAGAAAUUUUAACCGUGAUGACUACGACCAGGUUUUUGCUGGGGAACGUGUCUACGAGUGCGUCAUUGGAACAUCUGUCUGGAGAGUGUCUCGUUCAUCUCUUCUCGCACUUUCUUUGUUCUGCACCAUUGCCGUUGCUGUGAUCGUCAUUGCCAUUGUUCUUCUCUGCACAUUCAUCACAUUGUCGAGCUCAACAGAGAUACCAGAUGAUGUUACCAACGAAGACGUCAUUGGAGUUAUCAAUUGGCUUCAUUACCCAAUCGGCGAUUUGGCUCUUCGUCGUAUUCUUUCCGCUAAUAAGAACGGCGAGAUUGACAAUGCGCAAACAAAACCCUUAUUUAAAAACCCUUAUUUAUUUUUGUCAUAG